AUGCGUGCUCUGCAGAAGUUUCUGCUCUUUCAUGCCCUGACAUGUCUCGGACGGAAUGCACUUGGGAGUGAAAUCAUACACGGAAAAAUUGCUCCACAGAACCAGAUGCUGUAUAUGGCCUCAGUGCAGACCAGAGACAGACAUCUGUGUGGAGGCUCCCUCAUCAGUGACAACUUUGUCCUCACUGCUGCACACUGUGAUGUUGAUGAUUAUCCACUGGUGAGGGUUGUUUUGGGCACCCACGAUCUCAGACAGACUGGGACAGUGAGAAACAUUGUGCAGAGAUGCAAACACCCAGAUUAUCGGCAGGACACGAAAGAAAAUGACAUCAUGCUCCUGAAACUGUCUCAGAGUGUUCCAGUGGGUAGAACAAUACGACGCAUUCCUCUCCCCCCUCCUAACAUGAACCUCCGGACCAACCAAAUGUGCCAUGUAGCUGGAUGGGGUUGGACCGAAUAUAGUUAUAAGCACAGUGUUCCUGACCUGAGAGUGGGUGAUUCUGGUGGUCCUCUGGUGUACAACGGGGUGGCUGCUGGUGUCGUAUCUUUCGGAGAUCCAUUUUGUCGUGACCCAGACCUUCCCAAUGUCUACACAGACGUGUCCAAGUUCCGUCCCUGGAUCAACAAGAUUCUCAGUCAAGAUGGUUGUUAA